AUGGUACACUGCCUGCCCAGAAGACACAAGGCCAUGGGUUCAAUUCCUAAUACUAGUAGUGUAAUAGUUCUCAAUAAAGUUGUGGAUUUUGACUCCAUUUGGUGUCUGGUUACCAAUGCUCGGGGUCUCAUGCAUCUACAGGGCAAGCCGGUUUGUUCAUUUGGUCCAGAUGGGUUAAUUUUUGCUGCAGGUGUCAACUCUGAAACGGUCAAACUUUAUGACCUUCGUUCUUUUGAUAAGGGACCAUUUGCAACCUUUAAGAUGCAGUAUGACCUGACGUGUGAGUGGACAGGACUUAAGUUUAGCAAUGAUGGCAAGCUCAUACUCAUCUCCACCAAUGGCAGCUUCAUCCGUCUCAUUGAUGCAUUUAAAGGAGUGGUCAUGCACACAUUUGGGGGUUAUGCUAACAGCAAAGCCGUCACACUGGAGGUCUCAUUUACUCUAGACUCUCAAUUUAUUAUGAUUGGUUCAGAAGAUGGCAAAAUCCAUGUCUGGAAUGGGGAGAGUGGUAUCAAAGUAGCUGUACUGGAUGGUAAACACACGGGUCCCAUCACCUGUUUGCAGUUCAACCCCAAGUUCAUGACCUUUGCCAGCGCAUGUUCCAACAUGGCCUUCUGGUUGCCCACCAUUGAUGACUGACCCUAAUGCGUGGCUGUUUCUGUACUGUGAUGGUUGCCAGCAGGAAAAACUCAGAGGGGAUUGAAAUGAUGAUGGGAUUGGAUCACUUGACUGGGCUGAGAACUUCCUUUCACAUGGCCUUCCCAUGGACGUGCUGCACAUCUGCUCAGAAGAACAUGACUUUGCUGAGCUUCUUCAGAAGGAUUCCUGGGGCUGCAGAUUCAGUUGGGAUUCAGCCUUUCCAGCUGUCACUGCACCAGGUUCCUUCAAGGGGGUGACUAGACUCACAAUUAAGUUAUGGUGUGGCUUUCAAGGCUCCUUCAAUUUUGAAUGUAUUUGCUGCUGGAGAGCCAGUGAA